CUGGGCGGGCGGGCGGCGGAGUACCUCGGUGGGCGUCUGGUCUUCGGCCUGGGCACGAUCCUCUCUUCGGUCAUCGCCCUCUUGACGCCCAUGUGUGCCAGGAUGUCUCAGGAAUUCUUCAUAGUAUCUAGGAUUCUUACGGGAGCCGCACAGGGCGUAACGGUUCCUGCGUUAUUUAUCCUCAUGGCCACCUGGUUUCCACCUGAGGAGAAAGCCAAGUUCGGAGCUUUUAUUAAAGGGGGUAUGCAGUUCGGGACGGUCGUGACAAUGGUCCUGGGUGGCUGGCUGAGUGGGUCAGACCAAGGAAACUGGCCCAUGACCUUCUACGUGUUCGGGGGCCUAGGGCUGGUCUGGGGCAUCCCCUGGUUCCUGCUGGUGCAUGAUAGACCUGAACAGCAUCCCCGUAUUUCCCAUGCAGAGCUGCAAUACAUCCAGGCGAACAUGCAUGCAGUGAAAAAAGCAGAGGUGGUCUCCGUGCCCUGGAGAGCGAUGCUCACGUCAGCUCCCGUGUGGGCCUGCGUCAUCAUCGCCAGCGGCAGCAGCUUCGGCUUCCAGACCCUCCUCUCCGAAAUGCCGACCUACCUGGCCAACAUCCAACACUUCGACAUGAACAGCAGUGGGUUGAUGUCCGCGCUGCCGUACCUGUGCAUGUGGAUCUUCGGCCUCAGUUGGGGCGUCUGCAUGGACCGCCUCGCCGCUGCCGGGCUGCUCUCCGUGACGGCUGUGAGGAGGCUUUCCACUGGCUUCGCUCAUUACGUGCCGGCGGUGGCCCUCGUCGUCAUGUGCUUCGUGGACUGCAACUCCACCUUGGCGAUGGUCGUGCUGUGCUUAGCGGUGGGCGCCUGCGGCAGCGCCUAUAGCGGCAACGCCCUCGCCGAGCAGGACAUCGCGCCCAACCUGACGGGGACGCUGAUGGGGAUCACCAACACCAUGGGCGCCGUCAUGGGGUUCAUCGCGCCCUCCGUCACGGGCGCCAUAACGCAGGGAAGACAAGGGUCACUGGGUGCUUGGAGAACCGUCUUCCUGGUGUCGGCAGCGAACUACGUGGUCACAACCACACUCUACAUGCUCACUAUGUCCGCGCAGGUCCAGCCUUGGAACCAUUCUCAGAAAUCCGGGGAUGGUCGUGAGGAUCCUGAAGGUGCCCCAGCCUUAGAAAAACUCAAGUC